AUGAAGGCUGUGUUUUUAAUGAAAAACACCAGCUCUAUGUUUGGUCUAAAUGUAGGAGUUUUAAAGGAAUUUACCCCAUCCCUAUCGCAAAGAAACGUGACUUGUUAUCCAAGCAGCAUGGUCCAUCUAUCGUCUCUACUGUCGAAGCAGUACCAUGGAGGUCAUGUGGUCAUCCGGCUGGCCCUCGCUGGACACAACCAGGCCAACAGACCCUUCUACCGUAUCGUGGCCGCGUUCAACAAGAGAGCGCGGGACGGGAAGUACAUGGAGCAGCUCGGGACGUAUGACCCACUCCCCAACAUUUACAACGAGAAACUAGUGAGCCUCAACUUCGACCGCAUCAAGUACUGGAUUGGCUGUGGAGCGCACACCAGCAAACCAGUGUCCAAGCUUCUGGGUUUAGCUGGGUUUUUCCCUCUUCAUCCGAUGACGGUGACUGAAGCAGAGCGUCGCAGGGCAGCAGCUCUGACUGAGAGCUCCAGAGAGAGAGAGGAAGAGCUGUGA